CACGAUUACAAAUUUACAAAAGUGCUCCUCCUAAAUAUAUAUAUAAAAAAGCAUUUCUAUAUUUGUCGUCAAUAACAAUGGCCACUUUUGUUUACAUAUAUAAAAUAUAUUAUGUUUCUGUAGAACAAAUAAAGAAGAAGAGAACAGAAGGACGACCAACAAAAGAAAAGAAAGAUGAAUUAUAAUAUCACAACCAAAAACGUUUCAGAUGUGUCAGCGUUCUUGCUCUUAGAAGCAUCCGCAGAUUCCGAAGCUGGCCACGACGGCGUUGACGAUGAUAAAUGCGUUAAGGAUACCGAUGGUUAUGAUGAUGAGUCUUGUAGUGCCAGCUGUUCGUGCGAGACGUCGUGUGUACCGUGGACGAGUCACACACCAAAUCGUCGGUUAGAAGAUACGGUGAAGGAAGAGAGAGAUGCCGCAGAAGAAGAAGAAGAAGAAGAAGAAGAAGAAGAAGAAGAAGAAGAAGAAGAAGAAGAAGACGGAGAAGGAGAGGUGAAUAGCUACAUAAGAUCAUGUGGAAGAAGCCAACGUGAAAAUCUGGCCGUGGUGAUCAGUGAGAUGGAUCAAAGUCGAAUGUUCUGGGAAGCUUGUCUCGCAUCUUGAUCUGUCUUUUUAUUUUUAUUUUGUCUCAGCAUGCAACAACAUUAACAGAGAAAGCAAGAUCAUCUAGAUUAAUUAGCGUGUUCUUGUCUGGGUUUCUUUUCUUUUUUUUAGCUUCGUCCCUUUAAUUAAUUUAUGCACAUCUAUAUAUAAAUUGUUGUUGUUGUA